GGACAGUGUUACAAGAAGACAUGAUUCUUUUUGUCAUCAAUGUUAAAUCCUCACAUUGGUCAUUAAUGCUUGGAGAACCAAAGACAAAAGUGAUGACUUACUAUGACUCGCUUGGUAGAGAUGGCACCAAGCCGUUUCAUCAAUUAAGAGAGUUCCUGCUGAAACGAUUUAAUAGUAUUGGAUGGCAACUUCAGUAUCCAGAAAACAUACCACAGCAAGAAAACAGCUAUGACUGUGGUGUCUUUGUCUGCGAGUAUGCCCGCUGUUUGAUUCUGCACAAACCAAUGAAAUUUUCACAGGAUCAUAUGCCACAUAUAAGAGAAAGGAUAGCAACUGAGUUGCAGUCUGGGGUCCUGCUACCUGCUGAAUCAGCAACAGGCAACAGUGCCACUGAUGCACAAGUACACAAGGUACCUUCACAAGACCAGCCUGCUUUCACAAGUAAGAAGUGUACCAAAGACAUAUGGGAAACAACAGAGCUGUCUAAUGUCACUGAAUCAUCGUGGGAAAGAUUGCCAAAAUUUCUACAACUUGUUUUACCCAAAGGUUACACUUACAUGAUAGAGCACAUAGAAAGCCUACAUUCCCGGGAUUUCAUAGGAGCCCAAACUGAACCUUUCAAUGCACAGAUUCGAACAAGUGUUACAUGUAGAGAUGAAGCACAAAGCUGGCUAAAGUCAAUGAUGGACCAUAACCAAUGCACGUAUAGAGUUACCAGGACAUACAAGCCAACAAUGAAGCGCUUGCUCUUUAGAGUAGAUAUGCAUUGCCAACACCAGCAGAAGGCACUUUCAACCAAACAGCUGGCUUUAAAAUCUUCCCAUACAACAAAAAAAGGUCUCGCCUCUGAGCUUCGAAAAAAGAAAACUAACUGUCCAUCAACUCUGAUUAUGACUGUUGAGAAUUCCACCAAGAAACUGUUCAGAAAGUGUCACAAUCAAUCAAAAGUUCUCCAUCCAACUUUUGUCAAGCUACUGUUUGACCACAACCACCCCAUACAUAGUGCACACUCGCUCAGCUUUCGCUCAAUAGCACAACAGACCAAAGACAUUUUCUUUGAUCUAUUUCGCUCAGGACAUUCUGCAGCAACUGCAUGGCAUACAUACGAAUCAAAACUACUCUUAACUUCCCUCAAUAAAACAUCAAUGCAGCGUGAAUUGGCAGACAGGACAAUCAAUCCUUCUAGGCAAGAUGUAUGUAGACUUUACGAUACGUAG